AUGUCUGCGCAGUCGAUCGCCGAGACGCAGCCAGAUGACACCUUGUUUCCUUGCAUUAAGUGCGGCCUGGAUUGUAGCGCAAAGGAUAGCGCUGUUCUCAGAGGCGCAAAUUGGCAAUGCAAGUCCUGCACCAAUGUGUACCAGAUCCUUUACCGUCACAUGGGCGGAUUACCGGAAUCCUGGAACAAUAUGACACCAGAGUCGCAGGUGCAAUUCUUCAAGCAUGCUGGAAGUGCCAUCAAGUGCGCGCCCAAAAAUGGACGGUGGAGCCACGUUAGAAGUUCCCUGGUCUCACAGAUGACCCACUUCCAUACGGAGCAAAGAAGGAUCAGGUGCAAUCGUGAGUUUCUCCCUCUGUCAGUGUGGGCAACAAGGGGCUUCGACACGAAGCGAAUUGAAGCCAACGGGGAGAUGCGCGAGGACAAGGUCUUUGGUGAAGUCUGGACAGCACCACUGUCCACGAUCUCCGAUGAUGACAUUCGUGGUACCGUGGAGAAAGAGAUCUUGGAGAAGGAGAACCGCUUGAAGGAGAAGAAGAAGGUCAAAGGCAAGAAGCCGGCAGAUUCUGCUUCACCCCCAGCAGAUGGUCCAGGCAGCUCUGCCUUCGCGAUCGACGACGAUGUUUGGAGCAUUCCAUCCGAGGAUGAAGGCCCCAUGGUGAUUGGAGAAGGGAAGCCGCAGAAGGCUACAAAAACGAAGAAAGAGGACGACGCCGCGGUGGCUGCCCGAAGGGCUGCACGAGAGCGGGACCAAAAGUGGAAGCAAGAGGUUUGCAAGGCUACCAGGUACAUCAACAGCCUCAACUCCGUUUGCCAUUCUUUGGCGACCGUCUCCGCCAAAGUUGAGAAGAAUCCCGAGUUGAUUCCUGACAAGCUGACUGAUGGCCUGAAGCAGGCUGUUACGCAGAUGAAUUACUUCAAGCAGCGUGCCACCCAGCUCAUCAGCGCCUCUGAUGGGACUAAAAGUUCCAGCUUGCCUGAAGGCUUUGAUGCUGACUCCUGUUGCAAUGACCAGCUCAAAGCCGCCCAAGCAGUUUUGAAAGAUUGCCGGGCGAUUUUCACAGAGAAGUCUCGCGAAGCCAGGGAGGCCAAGGCGGCAGCACCGAAAGCUGCACCGGCGGCAAAGCGUAGCGCCAAGCCCAAGGCCACGAAUGAGGCGCGUGACCAAGUUGCGCGUGGCCUGUCGGUUCGAGGAGCCUCCGAAAGAGCUGUGAACCAGCUUUGGAACCUCUGGCAUGCUGAGGACGAACAAAUUGCAAGGGGAAGUUUCCAAAGAAUUGUGGACAAGGAGCUGCAGCCAUGGAAAGAGGCUACCAUCAACGUGGCAUUUCCUACCUAUGAAGGUGGGCAGGUGGUGCUACCCAUUGUGGAUUUGAAACCAACCUUGCAGAGAAUGGCACAUGAGUCGCCGGCAUUCACAAAGGCUUUAGCAAGGGCGCUGCUUGGUACUGGUGUUUUGACGCCCAUUUUUUAUUGCGAUGAGUGCCAGGCAGGAAACAUAUUGUCUGUGGAAAAAUUGCGCAAGGCAAACAUAUGGUACAUGUCCUGGUUGCAGUGCUGGCAUCACCUCAAAAGCCCUUCGAUGUGGAUUGUUAUCUGCGUCGUGCAAUCAGCAUGUUUGCAAGGCAGCCCCGCAAUCGUGGGAGGUAGCUCAGCAAUCAUGAAAUCCAUUUUGGAACACCUGGUCAGCGGUGAGCAUGAAGCUGGCUGGUUGCUGACUCCAGAGGUCCACUUCAAACAAAACCAAAAAGCUUGGUUUCUGGGGGACAAUGACGCCAUCAGGUCGGUGUUUUCGCUCAAGGGGAGCGCAGGUCUCAGACCUUGCGUCCUUUGCUCCAACGUCGUGAAGGCAACUUCUUCAAGCUUCCUCAAUGACAGCACAUGGAAGGAUGUUGGGGCAUCAGGUGGCUUCAAAGUCAGCACAGACCAAGAGAUCUUUGGCCAUUGUGACAAAUUGAAGAGCUUCAGAACGAAGGCGGAGAGGGAGAUCUAUGAGAAAGCUUCGGGAAUUGUCUUCGAUGAGGCGUCCUUGAUGUUUUCAGAAGCUGAAAGAACAAAGCUCCCUCCUUCACGUGUCAUGAAUGACACUAUGCACUGCUACAUGACAAAUGGAUGCGCGAGCUGGGAGCUUGCCAUAUUUUUGCAAUCUGUUUUUGAUCAUACUCAUGUGACGCUGGAAAUUCUCCAAGGAGCCGUAGCUUCUGAUCAGUGGAUGGGUCUGAAGGCCAGUGGCAAAACACAAAACUAUGUGAAAAAUUUGCUCAAUGCCAAGAUGUUCAGUGACGACAACUUUAAAGGCGAGGCCCACCAGACAGCAGCGUUGGUACCAUUGGUCCGGUACUACAUGGAAACUCUCAUAGAGCCAGCGAGCCGUGUGCCACCCGCUUGUGUCGAAUCCUUUCGGUGUCUGUGCAACAUCGUAUCCUUCAUUCGAGAAAUAUCUCAUGGCCUCUACCCCCUGGACGAAGCAUCCAUGCAGCAUUUUGCUGCCCUACAGCAAAAGCACCAAACGCUGUUUGCAGCGGCAUAUGGUGAGCAGCACAAGCCCAAGCACCAUCACCGAAUGCAUAUCCCCACACAAUGGUUGGCUGCUGGUGUGCCGGUGAACUGCGAACCACUGGAGUCGAAGCAUCGGUUGUACAAAUCUGGGGUUGCUGACAGGCAAGUGGGGCAAGUCAGAGACCACGAAAGUUUUUCCGCAUCUGUGCUUUGCCGGCUGCUGCAAACAAGUCUAGACAUUGUCAAGAAGCAUGGGCUGCCUUUUUGGGAACUGCUUCCGCCCAUCAAAGAAGCCAGCUUGGAUGACAAAAUCUUUCUCGCGACUACCAGUCUCCAGACAAGCCAACGCGACAUCUUGUGUUGGCAGCACGAAGCUGGCAUCGUCUCUGAGUGGUUCUCACAGCCGGACCAUGGCCUUUUUCUGCGCUACACCAAGUUGGCAUUCAUUGCUGCCGAAGUUGACGCUUGGCCACCUGAAAAACAAGAACGCUUGGAAGCAUGCCGGGAAUUUUGCCGCUCAGUCUGCACCGAACUUGGUCGCACUCCACAAACUGAGUGUCUCAGCAACCUGUGGGUGCUGAUAACAAUGACUCGAUGCAGGCUGGGUGGAACUUCUGGGCACGACAUUGAUGCCGAUGGAAUGGCAUGCCCGCCUGUGGCCCUUGGAGACCCAUCUCAGUUGCUGAAGAAAAUGAACCCAUACAGGCGCCGUGCCUUCAAAAAAGACAUCGAGAUCAUCCAGGAUGUCCUCCCGAGCCUGAAGCACUUCGACCCGGCGCUGUUCAACGAAGUGCUGUCCCUGAGUACAAAAAUCGACAAAAUGAUUUCUGAUUAA